GCUGACUCUCUCUGCCUUUCACAAGACCGAGCAGAGAGCCUGGAUCACAACAUACAGGGUGCCCACCGGGGAGGAGGACACAGGGGAGUUCAGCGACCUUGUUUCAGGACACUUUGUGGAAGUGGAAGCAGGACUUUUUUUUGAGUCUCCUGACCGGUCUCUGUUCCUCACAAGAAGAGAGCAGCAGACGAACAAACGAGCACACCUGCUGUCAGAGGAACAAUGGGGCUCCCUGCACGGCUGUCCUCCUCCGGACUGAUCACCUGCACUCUGCUCCUCAUGCUGCCCCUGUUUGGGGUCUGCCAUCCAGCACAGGUCCAGCAGCAGACCAGGCUGGUGUUCAUGGAGCAGGCUGACCGCCCAGCAGGAGUGGGGUUUAAUUGGAAAAACGUCACCUGCCCCUUGUGCAAAGCUCUCUUCGCCAUUCUGGAUGUCGCUCUUCUGAGUGAUGUCAAUGAGGAGCGUGUGGCCAAAUUUGUAGGUGAAGCCUGUAUCCGUCUCCACCUGGCCGACGAGCAGGUGUGUCGACAAAUCACAGAGCUCUUCAGGGACGACUUCAUCCGGGCUCUGCAGGAGUCUCUGCUGUGGCCCUCCGAGGCGUGCGCCCUUCUGGUGGGCUCGUCCUGCGGCAAAUUUGACAUCUACGCACCCUGGAACACCACCCUGCCAAAGGUCCCCAAACCGCCUGUGACACCGCCCUCUCCUCCCAAACCUGGGUCCCCACAGAGCAGGGUUCUGUUUCUGACGGACAUCCACUGGGACAAGGAGUAUGAAAUUGGCAGCACCGCAGACUGUAAGGACCCUCUGUGCUGCCGUAAAGACUCAGGCUCUCCCAGCUGGAGGCGGAGGGAGGCCGGGUACUGGGGAACCUACAGCAAAUGCGACCUGCCCCUACGGACAGUGGAGAACCUCCUGGAGAACAUUGCCAAAGCCGGGCCCUGGGAUUGGGUGUACUGGACCGGAGACAUACCGGCGCACAAUGUUUGGUCUCAGACGAGGAAACAGCAGCUGUCGGAGCUGACGGUCAUCACCAGACUCAUCCACAAACACCUGGGACCUAAUGUGACGGUUUACCCAGCUGUUGGAAACCACGAGAGCACACCAGUGAACAGCUUCCCUCCACCGUUCAUUCAUGGCAACAGAUCCAGCUCCUGGCUGUACGACACUAUGGCAGCAGAAUGGGCGCCAUGGCUACCAGAGGAGGCUUUGAAGACUUUGAGAUAUGGGGGAUUCUACACGGUGGAGGUCCAGCCCGGUCUACGCGUGGUCUCCCUCAACAUGAACUUUUGCGCUCAUGAAAACUUCUGGUUGAUGGUGAACUCUACGGAUCCUGCUAACCAGCUGCAGUGGCUGGUCCAUAUUCUCCAGGCCAGUGAGGAGAAGGGAGAGAAGGUACAUAUCAUUGGUCACAUCCCCCCUGGACUGUGUCUUGGCAGCUGGAGCUGGAACUAUUAUCACAUUCUCAACAGGUAUGAAAGCACAAUAUCCGGACAGUUUUUUGGACACACACACCUGGAUGAGUUCCAAAUGUUCUAUGAUGAGAAGACCAUGUCCCGCCCACUGGGAGUGGCCUUCAUCGCUCCAAGUGUGACCACUUAUGUGAACCUAAACCCAGGUUACCGUGUCUACUAUGUGGAUGGGGACUACAAAGGCAGCUCUCGGUUUGUACUCGACCAUGAAACCUACAUCCUCAACCUCACAGAGGCAAACCACAGCCCGGGUGAGCCGGGCGGCCCAGAAAAGAACCCCAAAUGGACACUUCUAUACCGCGCCACCCAGGCCUACGGUCUGACCACUCUGUUCCCAUCUGACUACGACGGACUGAUGCAGACAUUCCUCAAAGACGACCCCGUCUUCCAAAAGUUCUGGUACUUACGACACAAAGGACACGUGUCGGCGCCGUGCACCGAGACAUGCAAAACCUCACUUAUGUGCUUCCUGCGGAGCGGGCGCUACGAUGAGCUGGAGCAGUGCGACCUCCUCGGUGGUUAUGGAGGAGACUUGGUCCGGGCUGCCAGAAAAACUCUUUGUUGACCUGAGGAAGUUUGAAUUGAAUGUCUGAGUAGGGAUAGAGCAAUAUGACCAAAUAUAAAAUUGAGCCAAAAAAUCUGUUGCUGAUUGGUUAUCAAGGGUAACUGUUUGUUUGAUUUCAUAGAGUAACUUUAUUGAUCUCACAUUGAGUCCAAAGAGUUGAGUCAAUUAUGCCUUCCAUUUGUCAUAUCUUCACACGGACAUUAACUGUGAUUUGCACCAUGCCUUGUUUGUCAGCUGCUGUCGUGUAAAGACAGAGUGUAAGUGUCCUAAAGGUUUUCUGUUUACAUGUUGUGCACAGACUGCUGGGGUUCAAGGGCUUGAUCAAAGUCGCCAUGAUUUCUGCAGUUCUGCUCUACUGGGUGCCUUUUAGAAGGGAGAUUGGUGUUUUAACAUAUUUACCCUAAACUUUAUUGCAAUUUUCCUGCUACAAAAAAAACCUCAUAGCAUUUUUCCAAGCUGUUCUCCACGAUCUGAAGGAAGGUUAGGAUCCUCAAAGUCCUUGAAGUCUGCUUGGAUUGUAAAAUGAUAAAAUGGGCCACCUACUUUAUUGAAUCCUGAUGAAUAAUCAGAGCCAUCACCUCGGAGUCUGAGCUUUGUGCCGUGUGGUAUCUCAACUCAGUUAUUAGACAGCCUCUUAUCUACAUCAUCAGUGUGAUCGUUCUCAGUUUAAAGCAUCGUCAUGAUGCUCAGCACCAUCUGCCUCAGACAGUGUUUCUCAUUGGGUUUACUUUUGUUUGCACUUUAAUUUUUGUGUCAGCUUGUUAAUGUAUACGGGAGACAGGUUUAUCAGGCCAAUCUGUAACAAGUUCGGGAGGUUUCUCACAGCUUUGUUCAUGAGGCAUGAAGUGACAUUAGCAUUAGCAACGGGUUCUCCAACUUGUACAAAUGAGCAAUAACUUAAGGAGAUUGUAUAAAUUAUGAAUAAAAGAUUGAAUCUGUUACUAA